CUUCAAUUAAAUUAACUAAAUAUGAUGAAUAUUUUGGCUUUGUCUUUAAUCCUGUCCACCCUACUGGCGGCGGAGGUUUGGUCUCCGCCGCCGCCGGAGAACACCCAAGAUGUGAUCGUGAAAGAGGGUCACCGGGUUGUUGUGGUGGAGUACGACAAGGACCACGGGUGGAACACCAAGAUCUCCAUUUCUCCCCGCGUCGUUCCCGAGGAACGUACGGCGGCGGAGAAGACGGAGGAGGGCGGCGGGAGUGGCGAUCCCGAUCAUCGUUGGACGGAGAAGACGGGGGCGGCGAAUCCGAGAGAGCUGGUUUGUGAUGCCUUCGGCAAGUGCAAACACAAGAUCGCUAGCGCUUUGGGUAUGGCCAAAGAUGCCGCGGAGACGGUAGGGGAUGUGGCGGGGAAGGCGAGAGAAACCGCCGCGGAGAAGGCGUAUGGCGUGGAAGAGAAGGUGGAGGAGAUGAAACGCGGGGCGGGGGAGAUGGCGGGGGAGGCGGUUGACAAGGCGUAUCGAGUGGAGGAAGGGGCGAGGAGCACCGUGGGAGAGGGGUUGGGAAAGGCUAGAGACAAGGCCUCGGAGAUCGCCCGCGAGGCGGCUCACGCAGCUUAUAUGGUGGAGGAAGGGACUAGGUGCACCAUCGGCGGUGCGGUGGAUGUGGCUGGGGAGGCGGCCGGGAAGGCGUAUAACAUGGUGGGGGACGGUUUGGGAAAGGCUAAACACGGUGCGGUGGAGGUGGCGGGAGAAGCAGCUGAGAAGGCGCAUGACAUGAAGGAAAAGACGAGGCACGCCGUGAAGGACGGGUUUGGGAAGGCGAGAGACGCGGUGGCGGAGAAAGGCCACAAGGCAGCGAGUGCAGCCACAAAUGCGCCAAAGAGGGCGUACGAGGCGGAGGAGGAAGCGGUUGCCUCCGUCAAAGGCCAACUAUCAGCGGCAGCGGAGAGAGUGGAGGAGGCAAAGGAGACGGUGAAGGGCAAAAUCGUCAAGGUAGUAGAGGAAGCGUUGGGGAUGGCCAAUUUGGCGGGGCUAGCGACGGCAUACGGGAUGGGGGUGUGGGUGACAUUCGGGUCAAGCUACGUGUUGGCUCGGGCUCUCCCAAGGCAACAAUUCGGGCUCGUACAAAGCAAAAUUUACCCGACCUAUUUCAAGGCCAUGGCUUAUAGCAUCGGGAUGGCUCUCGUAGGCCAAUUCCUGAUGAGUUGGCCAAGGGAGAACGAGUACGAGAAGUUGGUGGGCCUCGUCAACCUUCUUCUCCCACUUGUCUUCGUCUUGGUCAAUUUGCUCUACUUGGAGCCUCGCGCCACUAAGGUGAUGUUUGAGAGAAUGAAGUUGGAGAAGGAAGAAGGAAGGGGCAAAGAUUGCACGACGCCCGUGGCGGACCCCACGGAGCUGGACCGAGCGAGGACCGAAGCGGGCCCUACCGAGGGCGUGACGACGACAACGGUGAAGACGAAGAACGAAAUGAUAAGAUUGGGGAGAAGGCUGAAGAAGUUGAACUCAUGUUCUUCAUUCCUCAAUGUUGCCACUCUCAUGUCUCUCACUUUUUACCUUGCUACCCUUGCCCACCGUCUCCAGUCUACACCUCCAUGUUGACGUUUUAUAUAGUGUUGGUUGUCGUUUUAUAUAUGAUGUAGGGGGUUAUUUUCUUCCUCUUUUUUUUCUUCCCUAGAAAGACACUUUUAUAUACAGUUAUAUAUAUUCCCUCCCUCCCUUUGGUCAAAUUUUGUAAAUCUUGAGUCUUGACUCUGAUUUGUGAAAAAAUAUACGUUGUAUUA